AUGGAGCAGCAAGCGGACAGUUCGGCGCGUUGGCGUCACAUGCACGACGAUGUGAGUCGCGCUCUGAGCGCAGCACCUCGAAAACGGCAACAUGAACCGGCAUCGUACACGAGCGGGGAACUACACGCAGCGAACACACUGGUGCAGACAGAAACCGGAGACUUAGGUGGUAACAACACCGAGGGGGUGGCCAAGAAGCUGCGGUCACUCAACGCUGAGUACCAUGCCAGUAACAUGCGCCACGGAGACGCCUUGAACAUGCGUCAAACGGACGUCUUCGACCGCCGCAGUGCUGGCUACAAAGAGUAUUGGGGUACGCUGCGCGAUGUGUAUACUUCCUCCGAAGCGGAUUCCACGACCCCAGAUGACUCUGGAUCCAGCGAGGACGCCUUCAAGCCGGCCGUGAUAGUCCACGACGCAUCGCUCAUCAACGCGAUCGAAAGACUAACGAAUAUCACGUCGAACCACCUUGCAACAGGGCAAUGCCUUCGAACGUAUGAUCGCGCUCCAGGAGAAACAUCUUAA